AUGGGUGACGGUGGUGUCCUGCUCACCGCACUUGUCCUGCUGCUGGCCGCCGUGGCUGUCUGCUGGGCCAUCGGCCACUGGCAACCACGGCGGCGGCACACACGGACAGCAGCGACGAGGAGCAAGCGCUCCCGCGUCUGGCCCAGAGGCUCUCGGAGGAAGCGAGGAGCCCCCGCGGCUCCCAGGUCCUGCGGGCCUCGGGCCACCUCUCACAAGCGGCCACGCGCUCCCGCCAGCCCCACGCGCGGCGCCUGCAGCUGCCGCCGCUGCACGGCAGUGGCCCGCGAGCUGCAGGAACUGAUGCUGCUGCUCUGGGCUGGCACUGGGACACGUGUGCCGCUCUACGCGGGGAUGUGGCAGGCGCUGUGGGAAGGACUGGAGGAGCUGGGGAAGCGAGGCCACCUGCCCUGCUGCGGCUCCUUCAGAUCCUCCACAAGCCUCCGUCCCCGCAAGAGGCUGCUCCCAGCAAGACUCUCCAUCCCUGGGAGCGCCUCAACCCCUGCAAGGAUGGCACAGCAGCGGAGACCCGCCAUCCACGCAGGAGGUGCAGGCUGUCAGAGACCCUCCAUCCUGCCAGGAGCCUCUGCUAUCUCUGACAGCCUCCAUCCCUCGCAGAGGCUCAGUGAGACCUGUCGGCCUGCAGAAGGUGCAGAGCCCAUGCACAGGUCUCCCAGCUCCCUUGGGCUCACGGACUUCAAGGGCACAACCCCGAGCCUUGACGUGGCCAGGGAAAGCCCUGAAGUCCAGAUGGGAGCCCAGCCUGAGGCAGGGGAGCUCCAAGAGACCUGUCGGCCUGCAGAAGCUGCUCCUGGGACGCCCCCGGGCGAAGCCUCGGGCUGUAGCCCCGGCCGGCCACAAGAGCUGAGCGCGGCCCACGACGCCGGGGAUAGAGACGGGCGAAAGAAGGAGCUGCAGGAGCUCUACCAGCUGGGCCCGCAGCUGGGCAGCGGCGGCUUCGGCACCGUUUUCUCGGGCGUCCGCCUCUCGGACGGGAGGCCGGUGGCCGUCAAACGCAUGGCCCGGGAGAGCGUCCUGCAGUGGGUCGAGCUGCCCGACGGCACCUGCGUUCCGAUGGAGAUCGCGCUCAUGGAGAAGGUGGGCUCCGGCUGCCGCUUCAUCAUCCAGCUGCUGGACUGGUUUGAGCUGCCUGACAGCUUCGCGCUGGUGAUGGAGCGUCCGGAGCGGUCGCGGGAUCUCCUGCAGCUCCUGCGGGAGCACGGGUUCCUGAGCGAGGACAAGGCGCGCUGGCUCUUCUGCCAGGUGUUGUGCGCCGUGCAGCACUGCACCGCCUGCGGCGUCCUGCACCGGGACAUCAAGCCGGAGAACCUCCUCGUGGACCCGGCAUGCGGAGAUCUGAAGCUGAUUGACUUCGGCUGCGGCACCUUCCUCCAGGAGCGAGCCUUCACGCGAUUUGCCGGAACACAGGCGUACAGCCCGCCCGAGUUGGUGGCCAUGGGCUGCUACCGCGGCGAUUCGGCCACCGUGUGGUCCCUGGGCGUGCUGCUGUACGCAAUGGUGUGCGGGAGCCUCCCCUUCAAGGACAACCGCGCCAUCGUGCUGGGGCAGCUCUUCUUCGGGCCGCAGGUCUCUCCAGAGUGCCAGCACCUCAUCUGCUGGUGUCUGUCCAAGCACCCCGCGGACAGGCCACAGCUGGAGGAGAUCUUGCGCCACCCUUGGCUGCGGGGCUGGCGGUUUUGAGGCCUUGCCAGAGCCUCUGCAGCACCCAGGUACCCGGGCCCAGGCAGGACUCAAUAAAAGACAAAAACACCAAACCAACCACAAACCAAAAAAUAAAACAACCACCAACCCAUUCCCGGCUGUCAGGUCUGGUGCUAUUUGGGACCAUUUCCACUCCGAGCCGAGCCCCAAUGUCCCCUCAUAAUGACCGCCAGCUUGAGGGAGGAGCCGCCAUUUAAGGGAAGCCGUGAGGGGCAAGCAGUCACCCCGCAAAGAAAUGGGGGUAAUCUGGGAAAACACCCACACAUAUCAAACACCCACCAGCUCCCCGAGUGAGGAGGGACCCUGGCAACUCCCAGAGUGACGCCAGCUCCUCUGGUCACUUUUGAAACGUCACCCCCGAAGGGCACGGGAGCAGGUGAUUCCCCAAUGUCAGCAGGCAAGCAGGUGAGGCAGAAGGCUGGCUUGCCUGAACAGGCAUCUUCUCUGGGAAAUAGCAUGGAAAAGGAAGCUGUGUGCCCAGUGGAAAGCAGGUCACAGAUGCUUCUUGCCACUGAAGGGAGAGAUUUGGUGUGGCGAAAGCUCAGCUGGAGAUGAAGGUGGCCAGAAAUGUGAGGCACAAUAAAAAGCAGUGUUUUCAAAUACAUUAAAGGGAAAAAAAAUCAUUGUAAAAGUAACAUUGUCCCCUACCAGGAUGUGGAUGGUCACCUCACAGACAGGGGCAGAGACACGGUACAGGUGUUUAAUGCAUUCUUUGCCUCUGUCUUCAACACUCAUCCCUCCCUUCCCAGUGGAAAACGGUGCAUUGUAGCAAGGGACACAGCAGAGUUUUGGAAGAGGGCAAGCCCUGCUCAGCAGAAACCAAACCACCCCUGUUUGAUUCACAGCAUUCCCAUCCAAGCCCAACACAGGCCAGCUUCUUGGAAGAAAGGAAGCCUA